AUGAGUGUUCUCUCUGCGGCGCGUCAGCGGGCUGCGCACUACGCCAGCCGGAAUCCCCUAUUCGCAAAGCUCAACGAAAAGCACCUGGAAUACUUCAACAACGUGCUUGCGGGGACAUGUAAAAAGGAGCAAGCCCCAGGGAGGCUGCUGACAGGCCCCGACAGAGUUGCCGCCUUCAAUAGGGAUUGGUUGGGUCAGGUGGAGGGGGAAUGCCCCGCGGUGCUGCUGCCCACCUCGACGCAGCAAGUGGCGGCCAUCGUACGCUACUGUCAGGCUGAGAGAAUUGGGAUUGUCCCACAGGGCGGGAACACCGGGUUGGUGUACGGUUCCUCUGCACUCCAUGACGAGGUCAUCCUGAGCCUGCAGGAAAUGAACGCCGAGCCUGUUAUCUCGGCAGAGACCAUGUCCACCGAGGCGGAGGCGGGCGUCAUCCUUGAGCAUUUGCAGGAAGCGGCCAAGGCCCAUAAUCUUCUCGUGCCUAUUACAAUGGGAUCAAAAGGGAGCGCGGAGAUUGGUGGCGUCGUAAGCACAAACGCCGGUGGUAUACACUUUGCCCGCUACGGAUCUAUGCACUCAAACGUACUGGGGCUGGAGGUGGUGACGGCGCAAGGCGAAGUGCUGGACAUGAUGUCCACCCUUCGAAAGGAUAACGCGGGGUAUGACCUGAAGCACCUUUUUAUUGGGAGCGAGGGCACACUUGGGGUGGUGACUCGUGUCAGCUUGAAGCUCUACCCCAUGCCGCGCUCCGCUCAGCUGGCCUUGUUCCGCCUCUCAACCUUCCAGGCUGUGCUGGAGCUCUACCGUUUGGCGCAGGAGCACCUCGCAGAGUGUCUCUCGGCCUUUGAAGUCAUCGACGGAGAGUCCCUCAUCCCCACCCCGGAGCAGGAGUUGCCCUUCACCCAAACCAGCAAGAGCGAGGCGUUCCGCGCCGGCCGAGACUUUACCAGCGCCUACUUCUGCGUUCUAGUUGAGACAAACGGCAGUGACGCAGAGCAUGACCUGGAAAAGCUCGCUCGCUUUGUGGAGGCGGCGGAGAACAGCCCUCUCUGUGCCUCAAAGGGUGUUCAGGGAAGCGCCUUCGAGCCCAUCCUCUCACAGUCGCUGGCACAGACGGCGCAGCUGUGGAAGGUACGUGAGGAAACCCCCGUGCGACUUGCCAGCGCCGGACUCACGUACAAGUUUGACGUCAGUUUCCCGCUCGACAAGUUUUACGACGUCGUGGAGCACGUCCGAGCGCUGGUCUACAAGGGUGGCAAGUUUGACCCCGACGAGGUUCUGGUUGUCGGCUACGGCCACUUCGGGGACGGCAAUAUUCACCUCAACGUUGUGGAUCGAACACGAAGGCAAGGUGACGCGCUCGACGCCGUGCUGUUCCCGUCCGUUUAUGAGUUUUGCGCGGCCCACAGUGGCUCCAUUUCGGCAGAGCACGGAGUCGGAGUGCAGAAGAAGGCCUACCUCGGUCUUUCGCGUAAGCCGGAGGUCAUCGCGUUGAUGCGAAGCCUGAAGCGGAUGAUGGACCCGAAUGGAAUUCUUAAUCCCUACAAAGUUCUUGAGUGA